AUGAUGCAAGUGGUGAGAAGAGUGCAGGACGGAGUUGGCGUUGCAAUUGGCUUCUGUGACACGGUGACCGGCCGUCCGCUCUCAACAAUUCUGCCGAAAGAGCUGGCGCCGUUAAUACAGACCGUGACCGGUCAAGGCCCUUCGAAAUAUAUACAGAGCCGCGGCUUCCGACCAUCGGCAUCACACCCCGCACCAUGGCACGUCGCGCCUCCAUCGCCGCCUACGACCGAUCUCAAGGCUCCGAACCCUCCACCCGAGCAGCUGCGCGCCGUCAUGCGUCUUCUAUCGCAGUCCGUGGUCGUUUGCACGGCGGCUGGGCCCGACAAGAUCCCCCGCGCCAUGACCAUGUCGUCGUUUACGUCGCUGACGCUCCAGCCGACGCCCGUCAUCACGUUCAACGUGGCGACGCCGAGCCGCACGCUCGACUCGAUCGCGGCCAGCCGCGGGCUCAAUAUACACAUACUAUCCGGGGACUCGAGUGGAGCGGCCGUCGCCGACCACUUUACACGAGGCAACGUCGGCGGCGACGUCUUUGCGGGACUGGAACAUGUCGUGCUGGAGCAGGACGCGGACGGGGCCGCGCCGCCGCUAUUACGGGGCAAGGGUGUGGUGCAUGUGCUCCGGUGCAAGCUGUUGGGGGAUGAACCGUCGCGAGGCUUGAUCAAGGUGCGGGAUCAUAUGAUUGUGGUGGCGGAGGUGGUGGAGAUGAUACCCGGCGUGGAAAGCAACGAGUUUGGACUGGCGUAUGCGGACCGCAAAUACCGGCAGGUGGGAGGUGUUAUUUCGAAUGAGUAG